AUGGCUUCCACCUUCUCCGCAAUGUCCUCCUACAAGCUCUCCUCUUCAGCUGCCAUCUCCUCCUUCCCCUUCUCCGGCUCUCGCCGCCAAUCCAACGGCGUCGUUCUCGCCAGAAGAAGCCGCAACGCCAGGGUCUCCGCCAUGGCCAAGGAGUUGCACUUUAACAAGGACGGUACCGCAAUCAAGAAGCUCCAGAGCGGUGUGAACAAGCUCGCGGAUCUGGUUGGGGUCACGCUUGGUCCCAAGGGAAGGAAUGUUGUUCUCGAGAGCAAGUAUGGUUCACCGAAAAUCGUUAACGACGGUGUCACUGUCGCCAAAGAGGUUGAGUUGGAGGAUCCCGUUGAGAAUAUUGGUGCCAAGUUGGUUAGACAAGCUGCUGCCAAGACCAACGACUUGGCUGGUGAUGGAACCACGACUUCUGUUGUUCUAGCGCAAGGCCUUAUCGCGGAAGGUGUUAAGGUUGUUGCAGCUGGUGCUAACCCUGUGCUCAUCACUCGAGGCAUUGAGAAGACAGCAAAGGCUCUGGUCUCUGAGCUUAAAAAGAUGUCAAAGGAGGUUGAAGAUAGUGAAUUGGCAGAUGUGGCUGCAGUUAGUGCUGGAAACAAUUAUGAAGUAGGAACUAUGAUAGCUGAAGCAUUGAGCAAAGUUGGUAGAAAGGGUGUUGUGACCCUUGAGGAGGGAAAGAGUGCUGAUAACAGUCUGUAUGUUGUCGAGGGGAUGCAAUUUGACCGUGGCUAUAUUUCUCCAUACUUCGUUACUGACAGUGAGAAAAUGGCUGUUGAGUAUGAAAACUGUAAGUUGCUGUUAGUUGACAAAAAGAUAACCAAUGCUAGGGAUCUUUUCAACAUACUGGAGGAUGCUAUUAGAAGUGGAUACCCGAUAUUGGUUAUUGCAGAGGACAUUGAGCAAGAAGCUCUAGCAACUCUUGUGGUGAACAAACUUAGAGGAUCGCUGAAGAUUGCAGCACUUAAGGCCCCUGGGUUUGGAGAACGCAAGAGCCAGUACCUUGAUGAUAUUGCAAUCUUGACCGGAGGUACUGUAAUCAGGGAAGAGGUUGGCCUUACAUUGGACAAAGCUGGAAAAGAGGUUCUCGGAUAUGCAUCCAAGGUGGUACUCACCAAGGAUACAACAACAAUUGUUGGUGAUGGAAGUACCCAGGAAGCAGUGAACAAGAGAGUUGCUCAAAUCAAGAACCUAAUUGAG